AUAUUCGCCCCCUAGUUAGUGGAUCCAAGCAGACCUGAGGGCGCUCGUCAACGCGAUGGAUAGAGAGUUUGAUUUUUUUUUUUUUUUUUUUUUUAACCUGUUUUGAUUUAGUUGCGGAUUGCAGUAGACAUUGGGAUGUGAACACGGUGUUUUUACGUAUUUAUAUCACAUACUGCCAGUCGGAAACAUACAUUCAUCGGGCGAUGCCCCUCUGUUUGUAUUCGCUCGUGCGCUAUUUUUAAUGGAGCUGAACGCUGCCCGCCAGUCAGCUGUAGGUGAUUUUAUAUAUUUGGAUGAACGCACUGGUCUUAUGUAAGGCAUCAGAGCGGUUUUCUAUAACUUGAUGCUCCUGGUGUGCACUAGACUAUACUUUUGCAUUUGGUAGGAGGAUUUAAAUGAGCAACCCUCUUAGCUCCUAGAGCCAACCAGGUUAUCUCUGAUCAUAAUUUUCACUUUUACUGGUGUCCUUCUUCAAGAAAUUGUAACAAGAGUUACAAAUUGAAACAGUGUAACAGAUGUUCCCGCCUAAAGUGCAUUAGUGAAACAUAUGUUACAGAUAUACGUUCAAGUGCAACUGUGUAACAUGUAAAUGCUACAGUAGCACGCGCAUUUCUUGUGUUUUAUGUGACGAAGUGGAGCUCCAGAUUUGGAAUAUCUGUUGCAUUAUAAAUGCAGCCAUCUAAAUGAGCAGUUGCAGGUGAAUUUUCUGUCUGAAGUGGCUCUUCAUGUCUGGAUCAGCUAUGGAUACCUUGUGAAUUUGAACACACAUGGUGAUGAGUGACAUCUGGACUGUGAACUCAAGGGGCAUGCAGGUUCUCCUCUGUUGUUGUGCACAUGUGAGGACAUGUCAUUGUCAGCUGCAUCACUAUGCAUCCCCCUGAUGGCCGAAGAAGCAUCAACAGCACCCUCAUGCCCAGCGCCGUCUACCCAUCUCUGUUCCUCGGCAUCGCGGCGGCGGUGCUGGUGUUUCAGCUCGGCUCUGGAGGACUCAGUCUCUCUUCGUUUUUCCUCAAACUCUUUCUGUAUGUGUCCUUCGCGUUGUUCUGUUUCCUGCUGGGGAGUUUCGGGCUGCUGGUGAGGAAAAGCCCCCCGAAGAUCAGCAGGUUUGACACGACCAAGAGACAGUCAUCGAAGCUGGUGGAUUUAUUUCAGAAGUUAAUGGGCCGGUUCUGUGUGCCACUGCUGGAUUCAGCCCAAACCAGGAGGGUUGUGGUGUCUCUCAAUGUGGAUAAGGCCCUUAAAGAAGUGUUUGAUUACAGCUAUAGGGACUAUAUUCUUUCGUGGUAUGUGCCCUUGAGUCGAGAUGAAGGUCAGCUAUAUCAGAUGUUAUCAGAGGAUUUCUGGGAGAUGACCAAACAGCUGCGAAUGCAUUUGACUGAUUUGGAUGUGGUCAACCUGGUCUGUAAUGACACUGUGAAGACCCUCCACACACACUUCUGUGACCUCAAAGCUGCUAACACAAGGGUGGAGGAAGUCCCACACCUGUUUCCAUUGCACCCGUGUCUGCGCAGUCCCGAUGAAGAGCUGUGUUUCCUACGCUGCUGUGCUCGUCUGCUCAUGCUGCGUCUGCUGCCCGUGAAGGACGCACGUUCACGCAGCCUGAGACUUUUACUGGUGGAGGUCAUCGCUACUAAAGUGCUGAAGCCACUGGUGGAUGUGUUGAGUGAUCCAGACUACAUUAACCGGAUGCUGCUGGCUCAGUUGGAACACAGAGAGCAGCUGAACGAGCAUCAUAAGAAAGCAUACACAUAUGCACCAUCAUACGAGGAGUUUAUCAAACUCAUCAGCAGCAGCUCAGACAUACAGUUCCUCAAACAGCUCAGGUAUCAGAUAGUUGUGGAGAUCAUUCAGGCGACCACUAUCAGCAGUAUUCCACAUUUGAAGAGACAUAAAGACAGUAAAGGGAAAGAGGCCGCUGCACUGAAGGCCGAUCUUUUACGUGCCAGAAACAUGAAGCGUUACAUUAACCAGCUCACGGUCGCAAAGAAACAAUGUGAGAAACGGAUCCGGCUCCUCGGAGGUCCAAACUACGAACAGCAGGAGGAUGGGGCCCAGGACGAGGUGGAUGGUUCUCAGGGCCAACGGAUUCUUCAGUUUGAGGAGAUCAUGUCGAACUCAGUGUACCGGGAGCAUUUCCGUGUCUACAUGGAGCGUGUGGAUAAGAGAGCUCUGAUCAGCUUCUGGGAACUGGUGGAGAUGCUCAAGUGCGCCAACAAGAAUGAGGUGCCACAGCUGGUGGGAGAGAUCUACCAGAACUACUUUGUGGAGAGCAGGGAGAUCCCAGUGGAAAAAGCUCUUUAUAAAGAAAUCCAGCAGACUCUGGUGGGAAACAAGGGAACGGACAUUUUCCUAAGGAUUCAGGGAGAUGUUUACGAGACCAUGAAGGAGCGAUAUUACCCUUCAUUCCUGGUGAGCGACCUGUAUGAGCGGCUCAUGAAGCGAGAGGAGCACAGGAGCAGUUCACAGUCCAGCAGUGAGGAGAAAGAUGAUGCUGGUCAGGUGAUAGAGGGAGGUGACGUUGCUCUUGAUGAAGGCAGCAAAGGCAUCAGUGAACAGGCCAGUCACGCCACCACCAAACUACACCAACUCUUUGAGAGACUCGAGUACAAACGGCAAGCCCUGGGCUCCAUUCAGAACGCACCCCGACCUGAUAAAAAGAUUGUGUCAUUGCUGAAGGAGGAAAUCGGAGCGAUGGAGAAGGAGCACAGUGAUCUGCAGCUGCAUAUAUCACGAACAGACUGCUGGUGUGAGAAUCUGGGCACAUGGAGAGCCGUCAUCAACACCACAGAAACCUCUGAGGAGAAUGGUGAGCAGAUGGCGUGUUACUCUGUAUCCGUGAGUCUUUCAGAAGCAGAUGACUGCAAGAACAACCGCUGGGCUGUCACCAGGAAACUCAGCGAGUUUCAGGCCCUACACAGGAAGUUGACGGAGUGUUUUCCAUCACUUAAGAAAGUCCAGCUUCCCUCUCUCAGUAAACUGCCAUUCAAAUCCAUUGACCAAAAAUUCCUUGACAAAUCCAAAAAUCAACUCAACACUUUUUUACAGAAAGUACUGACAGAUGAGCGCAUGUGUCAGAGCGAGGCGCUGUAUGCGUUUCUCAGUCCUUCACCAGAACACCUGAAGGUCAUCGACAUCCAGAAGAAAUCCUCAUUCUCACUCGCAUCCUUCCUGGAGAGACUGCCUGGAGACUUCUUCUCACAUCAGGAGGAUGAAGGCGAGGAUGACAGUGAUCUGUCAGACUAUGGUGAUGAGACGGAAGGAAGAAAAGACGCACUGGCAGAACCCUGCUUCAUGCUGAUCGGAGAAAUAUUUGAACUCAGGGGCAUGUUUAAAUGGGUUCGGAAGACACUAAUUGCACUAGUUCAAGUCACGUUUGGACGGACUAUAAACAAGCAAAUCAGAGACACUGUAAACUGGAUUUUCAGUGAGCAGAUGUUGGUUUACUACAUUAAUAUAUUCCGGGACACAUUUUGGCCCAACGGGAAACUGGCACCUUAUAACAAAACACGCUCAGAGAGUGAACGCAGAGAAACCAAGGAGAGGGCACAACAGAAGCUUCUAGAUAAUAUUCCAGAUGCACUUCAGAAUCUGGUGGGGCAGCAGAAUGCGAGAUACGGGAUCAUCAAAAUCUUCAAUGCACUUCAGGAGGCCAGUGCUAACAGACAUCUCCUCUAUAUCAUGUUGGAGAUGCUUCUUAAAGAACUGUACCCUGAGCUGAGCGUAGAGGCCAUACAAGCCUGAAUAACAUCACACACAACAAAAAAUGUCUCAUUUCUCUCUAACAUGCUGGAAGGAUUUUUCUGUUGUUUUAUUACUGAAACUCUUGACUCUGUAGUGCUGGAUCUAGGAAGCAUCAAGACUUCAGAAACAACAUGAGUAUGUUUGUGUUUUAAUCUGUUCUUGUGUUUUUCUCUUGUGGGAUUGGAUGAACAGGCCAACUUACUGCCAGCUGCCAUGUUCUGAUUCUUUUUCUCUUAUUUUCUUUCUUCUGGAGGAUUUGUUUGGCUUGGUGUGCUCUAUAAUGUGAAGAACAGUGGAAUGAGUGUUAUAUAUCUGUAAAAAGAAUCUCCUUAUUGUGAUCACUAUGAAGGCUUUUAAUCGUGCAAUAUGUCAUGUACAGUUAUUGUGACGGUUUUGUUUGUGAUAUUAUUAUUAUUAUUAUUAUUAUUAUAGAUUUUUAUUUUUACCAAAAAUAGACUAGAGCAUUUAUAAGCAAUAAAUCGCAAAAUACGAUGUGUCACAUGUCAUGUCUUCAAUUUACAGACAGUACAAGUGUGAAAUAUUUAAAUUGGUAAAAUAAUAAUAAUAAUAAAAAUGUUAAAUCCCCUUUUUCCACAGAAUGUGGUCUUUACCUUCAAAAUGAAAAUAUUUGAAAACAUAUCUGUAAUUAAAUAUUAAAUUCAUUUAGAAAAUAGUGAUUUUUUUGUUUUUGUUUUUUUUUUUGUUGAUUUUUUAGGACCAUUAAGAUUUGUAUGCAUUGUGACAUUUUCACAACAAUGAAAGGUAUAGUUCACCCAUAAAUGAAAAUUCUCUCAUCAUUUACUCACCCUUAUGCCAUCACAGAUGUGUAUGACUUUCAUCUGAAGAACACAAGAGAAGAUUUUUAGAAUAUUUCAGCUCUGUAAGUCCAUACAAUGCAAGUGAACUGUGUUCUAAACUUUGAAGCUAUAAAAAGUGCAUAAAUAAUAAUCCAUAAGACUCCAGUGGUUUAAUCCAUUUCUUCUAAAGUGAUCAAAUCGGUUUUGGGUGAGAACAGACUAAAAUAUUGCAAAUGUAUUUUGACAUAUUUUUUUAUCAUAAAUAUUGACAUCAGCAGUCUCCUUGGUGAUCAUGAUUUUAAGCUCGAUUACACUUCCUAUAGCGGCAUCUAUCGCUCUGCGCAUACAUCAAGCACUAGAAUUGUAAUCAAGCUUGAAAGCGCAAUCAUGCCUAGAUACUGCAAUGACAAGAUGCUCAGUGAAAAAGAAGUUACAUUUUGGUCUGUUUUCAACUAAAACCGAUUGGAUUGCUUCAGAAGACAUUGAUUAAUCCACUGGAGUCUUAUGGAUUACUUUCAUGCUGCCUUUAUGUGCUUUUUGGAGCUGCAAAGUUUUGGUCAACAUUCACUUGCAUUGUAUGGACCUACAAUGUUUUUUUUUUUCUACAUUUUCCUUUGGGUGAACUAUCCCUUUAAUCACAUUACACGUUUCUCAUUACUAUAUUAUAGUAUGCAUGUAAAUGCAAUGUGUAAUAUAGAAGUAUACAUAUGUAUACUUAUAAUUGUACUUCAAAUAUAUAGAAUAGCAUUGCAUUAGAUAACAAAAAUAUAAAAACAACUGGCAUCUGCAAACAAAUGAUGCUAGAGCUUCACUUUGCUUUUUAUUUUUCACUUCAUUUUACAUUUAUCAUAUGAUGCAAUAUUAAAUUAUUCACACAUUUUUAAGUGUGCCUAAAGUAUCCAAAUACUUUGUGCUUUAUUAUACUUUUUUCUUUUCUUUUUUUCUUUUUUUGCAUUACUUUACAAAGAAUGUUUUUUCAUAUCACAUUAAGAUACAAAUGGUAACAAUUCAACAAAACAACAUGUAAUAAAAUGCAACAAAACCUCUCAAUGGUCAUAAGAAAGGCCUCAUUUUCUUUAUGUAUAAUGCAUUUUUUUAUAUUGAUUUUGGGAUGAGAUAGGACCCAGACACUUUUUGAUAGGGAAGAUUUUGUGAUAUUUACCCAAGGGAAGGGAAGGUGAUAUGUUCAAUUUUUUUAUAAUGAAGGCAAACACAAAAAUAGUAAAUUUACAAUGACAUGAAAUAUUCAUCAGCAUUAGGACAGGGAUUAUAAUUAUACAACACCUUAAUGUAAAGUCUUGUUGUGUCCUGAUUUUGAGUUCAGUUUAACAGACAGACUGUAUCCAGCAUGGCUCCUGAACUUUACUGAUGAGAAUUGCUGUUUUUGUUUAAAUCCUUUCAUAUACAAUGUCCAUUUGCAGCUCUUUGUACAUCACUUUGUAUAUCUCGGCAGCCUGACAAAAACAGAAAGA